AGAGUGACCACCUUCCAUAGGCAUCAAGAGAGCUUUCUUGGAGUCGCUCAAACAUGGUCGAAAUCAUCCAGCUGGCUCAUAUGCCACCGGAAUUGGCCCUCUAUGUUGCCAUGUACACGGAUGUGCAAAAUGCGCCUUUCCUCAAGGAACAGCUGCUGGCAGGCAACUCGGACUUCGAAUAUGCUUUCAUUGAUGCGAGAAUGGUUGUCUCUGCCAGCCAUGUGCUUGCUGCGGCCUUCCGCGCCAUGAACGACUACCUAAAUGAAAGACUGAGGUCACGGAACAUUCACUCAGAGAUUGUGUUCUCGCUCAGCCCGAACAACAAUAUUGGCGAAGCCUUUCGUAGAUUCGGAGUCAGCGAAUCGACUAGCGAUCUACUCGUUCUGAAGGUCGCCACGACUCCGGAAGUGACCAUUGACAGUGUCACUCAACAUCUAUCAACGCACAUCCAAGGCCAAGCGACCGCCUUCGAUGAUGCCAUCUUUCGCAAGGUCGCGGACAUUGACAGAAUCAGAAAGAUUUAUAAACUCAACUCUGCCACCUCAGGUGGUCGCUCAGCCAAGUCCGUUAAUGGCAUCUCCGGGGCGAGCAGCAGCGAGGUCGUCGAUGAAACCAAAAACCUCGAGGUCCAGAUUCUUGGACUCAUGGCUCUUCGGGGUGCAACGUGAAUGUCUAUGAGAUGAUUGCUCCAUCGGACCCUCAGAAUGUCCUUUAGCCGCUCGACUUCGUCGCACCUUGGUUCUGGCAGGCAACAUUCGAUGCCAGCGUCGCAGUUUUGCAGUGCCUUCACCUGCUUCGGGUCCUGGCGCCAUCACCGUCACCACACAAGAACAAUACCACAACCAUCUCUUCAUUGAGAACCCAUAGUCGAAUCUUCAAAACAACAUCCAGAUCUCACAUGCUGCGCAUAUGAGAAACCCUCGGUUGAGAGAUCUCCGGAGGCUGGGCAAUCCGCCUCGAACCUUGAAGUUACUCGAUGUUUCUGCACAGGUUCUCCGGCGUCUUGAUGCUUUUCCCAGCCAUGGAACCCUUUGCACGUCAGAGCCGGGCUGACCGUACCACUGAGGCUCGCCUGGGCUAUCUCGUCAUGACUGCCCGAUUACCACUCAAUAUAUUCAGGACAAUCGCCAUUACUCCAUAACGCUGCGGCGAGCCGAUGUGCGUCUUGCUUCCUUGGACGCAUCAACUCCUCCCAACUUCACGUGUCACGUAGAGGAGUCCAUGCAGACACCCGUCUCUCCCGCUCCUCACAAAAUCAAAUAUGCGACACAUUGAUCUUACUGUAACCAGGUCCCUCUCUACGAAGGCGCACGAGUGUAUACCCAAAGAUUGCCAAGCUUGCGAUUUCAAAAGCGGCGACCACAAUCGAAGCGUAAAAGGUGUAUUUCUGUACAAGCCGAAAUGCGUCAGCGCCGUUCUGCUCCAUUCCUCUGCCGGAUGCAUCUCCCGGCACCAAUUAGGGACUUUGUAGGCUUACCAUUUCAACGCACAUGGUCUCAAAGGACAUCUUUCCAUUUUUGAGAGACUUGUGGGUGCACGACCAGGACCACAAGUCCCAGCUCUUCUUGCCCUCGUUAUCCUGCCAUUUGAAGUACACAGCUGCAGCAACCCACGCCGCGAUUCCAAGCAAGGACGUGAAGAAGACGGCCCAGGUGUGCAGGUGGGUCUCACGCAGCCGACGGACCUAAGCAGUGUUGGUCAAUAACUGUGUGCGGUUUUGGACCAUGUUGUGCCAAAAGAUGUGAUCAACAGCAACUCACCCCUCCACAGAAUGUAAGCAGCGAAAGGAUCUGCACAAUCACCGCGAUGACAGCAGCGCCGAGCAUCACCCAGGUUGGCCAGACGUCGAUAUGAUUCGGCCACGCGCGCUGGCGCAUGCCGCUCGGUUGCUGCUGCACCACAUUUCGGGUUGUGAACCAUACCGCCGCGGCA